AUGGCGGCGCCAUACACCUAUUACCCACCCCGAAUCCAAAUCCGCCCGCCAAUCAAGGCGAAUGCGCCGUUCCGGGCGUCAGACCACCGACCGAAAGAGUACGAUGGCAAGUUUCGCGUCGUCCUCGUGUCGUCCGACAGUCCCGCGAGCGCGGCAAUGCCCAGCCUCGUGGGCUCGUUGUGUAGGGACCCCUCCUUCGACCUGCAGGUUGUGGCCACUCUCUCAUCGUUACGAUACUACGAUCAGCGAGCGCUCGACGACGCCGUAAAGGCCGCAUGGGACAUUCACGAUGAUGGGGCUUUCGACUGGGGCGUGCGCCGAUGGACAGACACGGACGAGGCAGAGGCGUGGAGCAGGCCCGGCGACCCGGUGCUGGCGUCCGAGCUAGCACGCUGGGCCGACCUCGUAGUGAUCGUGCCUUGCAGCGCCGAUAUGCUGGCCAAGACCGUCAACGGCUUCUCUGACAACCUCGGGCUCGCACUUCUUCGUUCACUCCCUUCCAUUACACCCAUCCUCCUCUGCCCAGCCAUGACUCCCGAGAUGCACGCCAAUGCAUUCACACAGAAGCACACCAUCACUGCCCGCGCGUCUGGAUUCAUCGUCCUCGGUCCACAGGGGACGAGCAAGAACGAACACCGCGGCGAGAUGACGGACUGGCGCGAUAUCGUGAAUGCCAUCCAGGACAUGGCGGCGCUUCACCAGAUGCGUCAGGCACAGGCCGCUGCGGAGCGUAUCCGUGACCCAUCCUCGGGCCCCGCUGUGUCGGGGUACCAGCCCACAUACAUGAGUGGCCCGGUGGUACGACAUCCGACUCCCGACCCGAUGACGUUAAUGAGCGCGAUCGGCAAGGCUGGAACCCCGGCGCGCGCGUUCGAGGAAGCGGAGACAGCCCAGGGGAAGUGGGAGGACGGGAUGGUUGUGGACACGGUCUUGUCUUCGGACAAAGACGGGGAGAAGGACAAGGGCAAGACUGGCGGCGUGCAGGUCACGGGCAACUUCCAGACGUUCCGGCCUGGCUGGGGCGAGGUUCCGCCCAUCGAUCCUAACGGCUUCUUGUUCGCUGUCCCAGGGCUGGCGACGACGGAACCGGGCCGCAUCAACCUCGGCCCGCGGGCCGAGGGCCUGACCAAGGUUCCGCACCAGUGCUCUGCGGCCGACCACUGGCGCUCAUUGAGCGAGACAGGCAACCCAUUCGGAUCGAAAGCGAACCCGUCGACGGUAGGUACCUUCAUUGCGCCGAGCACGAUGGUAUCUCCAUCUCGCAUCGCGAUGUCGCCAGAAGAAACUCCGGUGGGGAUGUCCAUCCUCAUGUCGUCGAUGCAGGUACUCGACCACGGCGGUGAAAGCAGGGACAAGCGCUGA